CCCGAAGACAAGCCAGAAGACAGAACUGAAUACAAGCCUGAAGACAAGCCUGUAGAGAAGAAGCCGGAAGGCAAGCCGGAAAACCAGCCUGAAAAAAAGCCUGAAGACAAGCCUGAAGACAAGCCUGAAGAUAAGCAGGAAGACAAGCCUGAAGACAAGCAGGAAGACAAGCCCGAAGCCAAGCCCGAAGACAAGCCCGACGACGAGCCCGAAGAAAAGCCCGAAGACCAGCCGGAGGACAAUCAUGAAGACAAGCCCGGGGAAUAGCCCGAAGACAAGCCAGAAGACAGAACUGAAUACAAGCCUGAUGACAAGCCUGUAGACAAGCCGGAAAACUAGCCUGAAAAGAAGCCUAAAAACAAACCCGAAGACAAGCCCGAAGACGAGCCCGAAGACAAACCCGAAGACAAGCAUGAAGACGAGCCCGAAGACAAACCCGAAGACAAACCUGAAGACAAGCCGGAAGACAAGCUCGAAGACAAGCCUGAAGACAAGCCCGAAGACAA